UAAAGAUGAUAUCGCUCUUCUAGAUGCCCAUCAUUCUGAGGAAAUUUUUGAUAAAUAUAUUAUUCGGGUUGCAGGUAAGAGUUUUAUAGUAAUUGAUCAUCCAUUCGAAGUUUAUGAAUUACCCGAUAUCUAUAAGUACAUUGAUAGAAAUUUGCCUUUCCGCCUAGUUCUAGAUAUUGAUGCGAGGCAGAACUCCGAUCCUAUGAAUCCUGAACUCCCUUCUUUAGAUAGAACAGUGAUAGCUAGAAUGUUAGUGGAAAAAGCAUCUAAGUUGUCUAAACCUGAUAAUUCACCUGUUAGAGUCUGUGCUUAUUAUGGAGAUAUGGAUGGAAAACAACGUCAAAAAGACUUUUCUGAUAUUAAUAUCACUUGGAGUGAGCUUGACUGUAUAGCUUAUACAAAUACAGUGGAGGCAGGAAUAUCAUUUGAGGUUACAGGUCACUUUGAUAUAGUUAUAGCUAUUACAAACAUCACUACUCCAGUUCAUAAAAAUUCUAAUAAACUUUUUCACCCACCAGCAAUAAAAAGUCAUCGUGAAUGGGAUAACAAUACCAUUUCUUAUAAAAUUGAUGAAUCUCCGGCUGUAAUAAUAUUUAUUGAAGUUGAGCAUCAGAAACGCCUUUCUGCGAGAUACUUUAUUGAGAAGCUUUGUAGUCUUAUAGCUAGUACCAGCGCUUCUUUCCAACUAAUAAAAAUGGAUAAAAGCCGAGAAGUUAUAGGGAACCGUAAAAGAAUCUAUAAUGAGGUUAGAGUUGAAGUAUUAGUUAUUAAAGAAAUGGAUUUUAAUGCAGUUGCUACUUCUCGAAAUCUUAGCCUUGAAGAAGCUGAAGUUCUUAAAUUCGACCAAGAGUGCUCUAUCGCAGAUACUAUGGCACUUAAACCGAAUAGAUCAGAUAUUUGUAAGAACUUUCCUAUUAGUGUAGAAUCUGUCGUUAGGGGUGGGGUGAGCUUAUUCACUAUCGAAAAAAAUAAACAAUCAUCGCUCCAGAAUUUAAUCCAAAUGAACUAUUCUAGUGAUAACUUGUCUAUGUUGAUAGGAAUAAUUUGGGAGCAUGAAGAGACAAAAGCUUGGAGGAAUAAUAUACUCAUGAAAUUCCUCUAUCACCCGAAUUUAACUCCUUUGAAACAUAGAACAGGCGCUUUAUAUAAUGCAUUUAUCAAGACAAAUACUUUAGAACCGGAACAUAUAUUAGCUCUAAUACGAGCACUUGAUUAA